AACGGUCGCGAAUGCAUCGCGUGGUUAACGAAAGUGCACAGUUCUCGCAACACAGUGAAACAUUGAUGAUUAAGAAAUUUGUAUUUCGUCGCGAGUCUGCAAUAAUUUCUCGUCAGUCAAAUGUACAAACGUACCGUCCGAUGAGGUAAUUGCGCGAACGAACUGCCAUGGCACAACCACCUGAAACAGCGCCGGUGCAUUGUUACACCAAUCCGUCGUUCUGUCGCCAAUCGGAGUACAUACCGGACGAUCAUGCUCAUACCGACUUGCCGCCGCCGCCGCAACAAUUUCAAGGAAGCGACGAUUUACCGCCGCCUCCGCCACCGUUACAAUUGCAAUGUCACACCGCCGGUCAGAGCAAUCCGGCCUUCCAAACCCCGCUAGAGACGCUGGACGUGUGCGAGUCCCGGAACCGAUAUUGUUAUCUGGAGGAUAGCAGAGCUCCCGUGCACAGACGGUACUCGAGUCUUCCGGUAGAGGAAACUCGCGUGAUUUACAAUCAGUCUUCGCGAUACGAAUACAUACAGCAGGAGGAAACGGAGAGGGGCCAGUUGGCGCGCAGAGGAUCGUCGAGAUACGAGUUUAUUCCGCAGCACCAGCAGGUGCAACAACGUUCCGCAACAGCAACCAACCAAGACGAUCGAGGUGGGUCUCAGACGCGAGCGUGUCGCGGCAAUGCCGGCAGAUACGCGCUUAUACCGGGUGAGCAAGACUACCAGGAUGAUGGACCGCAAUGGAGCAAUGUCAAAUCGGCGCCUCAGCAUAUUAACACUCCGCAGGGCCGCUACACCAGAGUACCUUUGCAAGAAGAACUCCCGCCGGCACUUCCCGAAAGAAACUUGCAAGAACUCUCGAUCUCGCCGAAGAAUAACUUAGCCACACAGAAGUUACAUGAAAUAUUAUCCACGCCUAGAAAGCCGAGAUCCAGAUCCGAAGAGAGGACGUUAUCGCCGAGAAGACAACAGUCCUUCAAUCAAACCGGCACGCCUCAAAGAAGAGCGCUUACUCCCGGUGGAUCUCCGAGCGGCCGUACCUUUAGCCCAACGCGCUCAACUCCUCAAACCACACCUCAGAAUCGAGGCUCCGUAGCCGCGGGACUUCAAACGUCGACGCCGAAUAAAGAAUCUUCGGCACGAAGAUGCCUUCCGCUGCUGGAGAACUCGUCUCGACAGCAAGACGUUUGCCCGGCCAGUAACUGUGGUCGGCUUCGUUACAUAGGCACUGCUCCGGUCGAUUUAAUAAAUUUGAGUCACAAUGAACCACCGCCUCGUUAUGCGUAUACAGAAAGCGGCUUGGAAUCCAUGCCGAUGAUGUCAGGAUCGCCUAGAUAUCAAAUGGUACCCGCCGAUCAGAAAAACUAUCACAGCGUGGAAAGCGCGUUUAUGGCGCGAACUGCCGUCGUGCCUCCGUUAUCUCCGCCCAACAGCGACGCGAACACGACCAUGGCGAGUGGUUUGGAAAAAGGCGAGAGAAGAAACGCACCUAUUUUACUUAUGCUGGUCGGUCUUUUGACUUGCGGUCUCGCUCUGUAUCUGUCCUGGACACAGGGAAGAAGAUAUUACUUUGAUAGCGCAGUAGGUUGCGGUGCUUGCUGCGCUCUGGCCGGCGCGUGCAGAACUUUAAGAAAGACGUGGACAGGACUUGGCCUGGCCGGACUGUCGGCAUUGAGUUGUGCCGGUCUUCUGUUGCUUGCUGCUAAAUCUCCAAAAGAAGGCACGCCUCUUCACGAUAUCACAGCCGGUGCAUUAUGCGGCGUAUCAGUCUUAGGUGCUGGUCUGGCUCUGUUGGCACUUUUGAAGCCGAGAUGCAGCUUCGGACGUCAUAGACGAGUUCAUUCUUGGAUACCAAGAUUCUCUCCUUAACUUUCAAAACCGUUCCGACAUUUUUCACGAAUACGCUGGAAUUGUUUUUUUCAAAAUAAUACCAAUAAUAUGUAAAAAUAUAAAUGUAAAUUAGAUAAAAUGUAUCAUUGGACAGAAAUAACUUUUUAUUUUAUGAAUAUUUAUAAGUAAAUAUUUAUAAUACAAAUAUAUUUAGUAAAACAAUUUAAACAAUGUUAUAUAAAACUCAAUUAUAAGUACACAUAUAUUGCAUACAACUGUGCUAUGUACGAUAUGUAAAACAAAAUUAUCAA